AUGGCAGGGUUCUCCCACAGCGCAAUCCAGAGUAAGGAUUUGUGCAAUUGGAUGAUGUUCGUUGAUGUGGAUGAAUUCAUUUACUCACCAUCAUGGUUCAAUUUCUCAAAACCAUCUAAAUCAAUGUUACAAUUUCUACUCCCAACAUUCUCACCAUCUGCUAAACCUAAUUAUAUUGGUCAAAUCUCUAUUAGAUGUAACGAAUUCGGUCCAUCUAGCCAACGGUCCCACCCACCAGAGGGUGUGACUCAAGGGUACACGUGUCGAAGAUCUGUGGAGCAGAGACACAAGUUUAUUGUGCUACUGGAUGCAGCGAAUGCCUCCCUGUUGGAUUUCCAACACUCCCUACUCAAUGCAAUUCACCAUUUUAAAAUGAAGGAUCGGUACAAGACUGUGACAAUGAGCCUGAAGAGAGCUGUGGUGAACCACUUCAAGUACCAAGCUUGGAGUGAGUUUCAGAACAAGUUUAGGAGAAGGGUUUCAACAUACGUUGUUGAUUGGAAGGAGAAGGCUAAUCUAGCCUCCAAUGAUCGGACACCUGGGUUAGGGUUCGAGGCCGUGGAGCCAAAAGCUUGGGACCAAAAGUUUUGUGAGGUUAAGGAUGAGAGGUUGAAAUCGGUUACUCGAAAAUGGUUUGGAUCUCCAACAUCAGAUGGCUAUAAAUUGGUUUGGCAGACAUGA